CAGAGACCUAGAGAAACAGCCACAGCGUCUCAGCCUCGCUCCGCCAUUCUCUCUUUUGAGCCAUAUCACAUUUUUAUCGCCACAUUUUACUCCCCGCUCGGAGGGCAACUGGAGGAGAAUGACUGGUAAAAUCCAGACGAGCAACGUGACCAACAAGAAUGACCCGCGCUCCCUCAACGCCAGAGUCUUUAUUGGCAACCUCAACACAGCCAUUGUCAAGAAGACCGACAUAGAGGUCAUCUUCGCCAAGUACGGCAAGAUAGUGGGUUGCUCCGUGCACAAGGGUUACGCCUUUGUGCAGUACGUGAACGAGAGGAACGCUCGGGCGGCUGUGGCCGGAGAAAACACCCGCGUCAUCGCUGGGCAGCCUCUCGACAUAAACAUGGCAGGCGAGCCCAAGCCCUACAGGCCCAAGCCCGGCAACAAGCGGCCGCUCUCAGCCGUGUACAGGCUCGCUGCUGAACCUGCCGUGAGCUUUAGUGGCUAUGAGUUUGACUACGAGUACUACAGGGAUGAUUUCUACAACAGGCUUUUCGACUACCAUGGCAGAGUGGCCCCCCCACCCAGAGCCGUGAUCCCCCUCAAACGCUCCAGGGUGCUCGCUCAAUCCUCCCGCCGCGGGAAGACCUCCUUCCCCCUCAAAACAUCCUCCACCUCCUCCUCCUCAUCCUCCAGACCUCCCACAUCCUCCUCCUCCUCCGGGCUCAAACUGAAGACGGACCAGCUUCAGACCAUCAAGCGGGAGCUGACUCAGAUUAAGAUGAAGAUCGACUCUUUACUCGGACGUCUGGAGAAGAUUGAGAAGCAGCAGAGAGCCGAGUGUGAAUCUCAGAGAAAGUACGAGGACAACUGUGACUCCCUGCACGAGGAGUCGGUGUCGGAGACGGCGGAGAACUCCGGGGAGGAGGCCGGGGACGGGGAGCUGGACGUGGAGGCGGGAGAGAUGACCGAUGGAGGUGAGGACGACUACGACGAGGAGGGCAGCCACCAUCUGAUAGAAAACCACGUAUCGGAUAUUGACAACUGAGAUCAGGGUGAAGACGCAGACGCGAUAUCAGAAUUUCAUCACCACCUUCUAAGAGACCUGAAAAGGAUCUCUGAAGGAAUCAAGACACCCAUUCUGGACUGUGAGUUGUGUGUUCACGAGAAGCCGAAUCACAUUUAAGAUGCCACGACUGUGCAGCACGAACCGACUGUGAUCUGCUCUCUGUAGAAAAUGUAUUCAAGAUCCAUUUUAAUGCGUCGGCCCCGAAGUCGACCCUCCUGGAUAUUCUGUGCAACUCCCAUUUCAUUGCAAGAGGCUGCAAAUAUGAUGCGAUAAUCAUGUUCCUGAAAAAAAAUAAAAC